AUGCUUAAUAAUAAUCUUGUUAACAACUUACCAACUUUCCAAAUCCACCAAAUGAAUUACAAUUUUAUUCAACCAAAUAUGCAAUACUCACCACAUGCAAAUACAGAUAUGGCUUAUGCUCCACAAUAUAUGCCAACUCCGGUCCCCCAAAAUAACUCCCUAAUAGAAAAUGUUUCUAGAAGCCGAUCAAUGCCAAAGAAUGGUAUUGUCAAUGCAAACCGAAUGGAAAGGCAUAUUUCAUUACCACCUAUUUCAUCGCUGAUGUCCACUAUUUACAAUACUAAUGUUGAUAACUUUCAUAUGCAACAACCUUUACCAUAUGAAAAGAAGCAACAGGUAGAUCACAAUAAUUUGGAUACUUUAAUGAUCCAGGCGAAGGUAUUAAUGAACAAUGAUGCUAGUAAUGUUAAGGCUGAUGUGACCAGUAGAAAUAUCCAACCGAGUAACCAGCCUGUCAACCCGGUAGUGACUGGUUCCUUAUUGCCCACUUCGUCGCGAUCAAGCUCAUUGCAAGAUGUAAAGCCCAUAAUUAAUAAAAACUCUAGUAAGGUACCUUCGAAAAAAAGAGCUAAUCGUACUCUUCUUUCAAAACUUAGAAAACAAUGUCCCGCAUGUGGGAAAAUAUGCUCUAGACCAUCUACGUUAAAAGCACAUUACUUGAUUCAUACUGGUGAUACACCUUUUAAAUGUACUUGGGGGAAUUGUAAUAAGGCCUUUAAUGUCAAGAGUAAUAUGUUGAGACAUUUGAAGGCACAUGAGAAAAAAGUCAUAAAGAAAGAAGCGCUUCAGAUAAUGUCGUAA